GGAAGACUAGCCGUCACGAGACUCACAUGCUCGCGCGCUAGCCUCGAAAGGACCCGACGACCGAAUCAGCCGCAGCAAGCAGUUGACUGCACGCACUGCGAGCCAUUGUCCAGUGGACCACCCGCUUCCGCUCAAGGCGUUGACCAGCUGACGCACAAUAUCGGACCCUGCUGUGUGCACCCUGUCGCCGUAAUGGAUUUUCGCCUGACGGAACCUCGCCUGAGCCCCAGGCAGCAAGCGCUGCUACUGCGAGUUGGACUCGUCCUGUUUGUGGCGGCAGUGAUUCUGACGACCCUGGUGCUGGUGCUGACGAGGAGCCACCACGCGAUGCCUCUCGACCUGAAAGCCGUAGCGAAGAAGUCGCCGCAUGGGGCCGCGCAACUGUGCAACACUACCUCCUGUCGCCUGGCAGCGUCGCUACUCAGGGAAACAGUGAGCGGCGACCCCUGCGACGACUUCUACGCGUACGUGUGCUCGGGGUGGCUUAAUAGGCCGUCGUUUACCAGCACGCACGACGAGCAGGAGACGCGGCUGUGGUCACACGCGCGCUCCGGGCUCAAACAUAUGGCGCCGAGCACGACGACGACGUCACGCUUCGGCUUUACCGCAAGAAUAACCACACAAGCGACUAAAAUCCCAGCAAGCAAAAAACCGACUUACCUAGACAAAGCCACGCCCAGCUCGGUGAAGGCUGCGAUGCUGUUCGGCGAGUGCCUGGAAGCUUCCACGCGGCACCGGGCCGACGCCCUGGUCAUUUUCCUCGGGGACGUUGGAUUGAGCUUCGUCAACACCACCGAGAACCCCGUCGAGCUGGCGAUCAAGCUCGACCUUUUCUACAACCUCAAGACAUUUUUCGACCUACGUCUCCACCCGACGUGGAGGCAUGCUGACGGCCGCCGGAUGCUGUCCAUGGGCCGCCGGCUCGACCUGGAGUCGUGGCGCAUCGAGCGCGUCCGCUUGCGCCGUCGUGGGGCGUACGAGGAGCUGGUACACUCUCACGUCAUCGUCAUGGUUUUACACGCGAACCGCAGCAAAGUGUUGCUGCAUGGCAACCUAGACAUCAACUUGAUCGUGCACCACAUCAUGGCCACCGAAGAGUCCGUUCUCGCAGUGUCCGGAAUCAUUCCCGAGGAAGAUCCGGACAGGUACUACGCCAUGAUCCCGCUGCUGUCGACUAGCAACUCGUCGAACGAGAACGAUUCUUCGUCUUCAGCGCCGCUCACACUGCAAGGCUUGAGCGAAGUGGCCGUCGGCCAUCCGUCAUUCUUGGCUUACAGGCGCUUUCUGGCUGAAGAGGUGGGACACUCGCAGGCGGCGGCCUACGUCAGCUGGGAGCUGGCGCGACAGCUGGGCCCUCUUACAGACAGACAGCUCUCGCGUGGCAUUUCCGAGACCAAGUGCUUCGAGGCCAUCAGCCGACUGAUGCCUUACCCCACCGUGAUGCCCUAUAUGGAGGAACUGGACUACAGCAGGGGUUGGGAGGAGGCCGAGAUGAUCUUCAAGGAUGUCUCCGAGGCCAUGAUCAGCUUCAUGAGCCAGCGAGGCGUCACGCUUCCGGCAAUCGAUGCCAGUUUUGAACUGAAGCUCCCAACAACGGGCCAGCUAGACGCGUUUUACAGCGAGCUGGGAGAGGACCAGAGGAUGCAAGAAGAGCCGACGUUCGUGGACAAGUACUUGUCCGCUCUGUCUCAGAUCCGCAGCAAGGAGCUUUUCAGCGUGGUGCACAUGGAGGAGCCCAGUACUUCGUACCCACUGCCGCCACUACUUGGCCGACAAGCGCAGGUGACACAGAGGGGCGAAGGACGGGUGCCGCUGACGUGGCUCCUUCCUCCACGGUUUGGUGCUGACUUCCCACCCACGCUGAACUACGGCGCCUUUGGCCUUGAACUUGCCGCCGCACUGCUGCGCGGAACGCCGCUCGACAAAUCGUGGCUGGAAUGUCUCGAACAACUGGAGCCGCAACUGAACAUCAGGCCAGAGAAUGACAUUACGGCUCAACUGGCUUUGGCGACUGAGGCGGUGGCAGCGUUCGUAGAGAGCCACCAGAAGGUGGGCUACCGGCUGGUGCUCCCGGGUCUGGAGUCCGUCACCGAGGGCAUGAUGUUCUACAUGGGUGCCUGUGCGAGCAUGUGCACGAAGGACAACAUGGAGGUCUCGUACAGAUGCAACCUCGUGGCCAGGAACUCGGAAGGCUUCGCACGAACCUUCGGUUGUCCCGUAGGCUCGCACAUGAGUCCGGUCGAGCGUUGCUCCUACCCGAAUGUAACUCAGGGGUAGUAAAGAGCACAAGCUCCCAUCAUGGAGCACAGGGAUGGGUGUGUUUUCUCUAUUUUGUCUUUACAGCGUGAAAGAAAAAAUGAAGACGUCACUGUCACUCGUGACUGACAUAUGUUACGUGGAGAUGCAAAAUAA